CACUGUGGCCAUUUCUCAGGGCAAAUGAUCUUCCAGACCAACAUCGUGCUUAGGAGCCCCAGCAGUGUGGCAGGGCUGAUCAACAGCAUGGACUUACCUCGGUUUGCUGCGGACAUCUUGUGGAAAAGUGUGGAGAACCUGAGAACCGAUCUUCCAUCUGAUAUCAUGGUGAUUACUGGGGUGAAGACAUUUGAAGAUCUCUUCAUCUGCGAGUCACCUUUCAAAGUGGAUGGUUUUGUGGAUGGUGUGGACUUGACUGACCUCUACUACAACAGUGUAGGAUCCCACCAGCCAGACAACGUCCCAGAGAAUGUUCUUAUUGUCGGCCAUUCUUACUUCUCAGCAAGUCUGUCAUCUGACUGUGAGUGUUUCUGGACAGACUUUACCUUUACCAAUGCGCCUGCGAAUCUCAAGUCCAGCCUGUAUUUUGCCAGUAAUGUCUCUGUCUCAGAUGACGUCUCCGUGGAAGGUUUUGUGAAUGGUGCAGAUAUGAACGAAACAUUAAUGGAUGCCCUUGUCACCACUGGACCCCAGCUUGUCACUGGCUCCAAAGUGUUUGUUGAUGUAGUCACCUUGACGGAGCUGCAUGUUGAUGGAACAGUGGAUGGAGUGCAUAUUCCUGAGGAUGUGAUGACUGUCGACACUACACAAUACUGCACUGGGGUGCAAACAUUCCAACAUGAUGUACCCCUGUCCAUCCUGGAAGCUGGACGGUUAAGUGCAAAUGAAGUGGCAGACUGUAACUUAACAGACCUGUUGCUGAACACACUGUUCAUACAUGGGCACCAGACUGUACCAGGGAGGAAGACCUUUGCAGACGGUCUUGACAUCUUGGCAGAUCUGACGGUGAUGGGACUGAUUGAUGGACUGAUGGAGCUACAAAAUGUAACAAGUGAUGCUGUGAGGAAGGAUGGUUCUGUGACCGUGGCAGCAAAACAAGUGUUUAUGGACGUCUCCAUUUGGAACAUAUCUGUGACAGGACUGGUGGCUGGAGUGGACAUAUCUGACCUGAGUGUCGACAGGGUGAUGAUCCAGUAUAUGAACCAGACCAUACAUGGAGACUGGACCCUUCUACAGAACGUCUCCAUGACAACCCUCACUCUCUGGGGGUUACUGAAUGGAGUUGAUGUUCUACAGUUGGAUCAGGAAGCUGUGAGAGUGACAGACACAGAUUACACAGGCCUGGUUUUUAAGGACGUCAUCAGUGAGGGAAACAUCACUCUCUAUGCAGGGGGGCUGACAGAUGGAGUGGAUCUGUCCGAGGACUUGGAUGGAGAGACCUGA